UUCAGGAUGAAGACACCAUGAAUUAUCAAGAACAUGAAACUGGGGAUAAUCAAUCUAGUCCUGCUGAGGAACUUCAAAAGGAUGAAUUGGAGACAGAAAACCUUGCAGAAGGUGUCUCAGUCCAAGAAGAACAAGUCAAAGAGGAGGCAGAGUUCGAGCAAAAUCAUGGAGAUGGAGAGCCUAAGGAGCAACAACAGUAUGUUCCCCGAAGACCCUAUCAGAAUCAAAGAGGUGGUCGCGGUGGUGGUGGUGGUGGUGGCCGUAGGGGCUAUUCAAAUGGUCGUGGAGGUCGUGGCAGUGGCAGAGGAGGUGGAGGCUACCAGAAUGGCCGCAACCAAUAUUAUGAUCAGCCUGGUAACUAUUAUCCAAGGAACUACUAUAACAAUAGGGGAAGGGGAGGCAGGGGUGGUGGGCACCCUUACAAUAACCAUGGUGGGGCAGUUCAAGGUGGUUAUGCGGCAGCUGACCUUGGUGUGAAAUCAUGAUAUCAUCCCUGGUUAGGUGUCUAUAGGGUGUCUGAUUACUAGCUUAUGUGGUGGGUGGUAAAAAUGUUCUUUUCCUUUUUGAGACUUGCAUGAAACAUGAAACAUGGUUUUAAUGUGGGUUGAUGUCUCGUUAA